AUGGCAGUCAUCGACGCACAAGCUCCUCAACCAACGCAACCAUCGCAACAAUCGACCGAUGCCCCACAGCCAUCUCUUAUCGCCGCUCCCACGCAGGCAUUGUCUCAAUCGGAUCUGCCCGUCACGGUGACCAGCCUCGCACACAAGUACCGUGCCGAAUUCGAACAAACAUUGGACGGCCUUCGACAGCGGGCACUCAAACUUCAGGAACAAGCCCCGGAGCUCAUCAGCCAGACGCAAGCCAACAUCGAGCCGUACAAGAAGGACUUCGUGGACACCGUGCAAGCACUAGGUGAAGUGGUUACUCCACCGCUAACCAUCCUCCAGACCCUUUCGUGGAGUGCCGUGCUCGUGUUGGCAUCAACCAUUGCUUCCUACGCGUCAGCCUAUGUUUUUGCCCCAAUUCUCUCUUUGGCUAUUGGUGGAUUUGGUGCUUUGGGCCUUGCUUUGGCGGCAGUACCCAUGUACACCGCGUGGACCAUUCAAGAGGAUUUGGCUGCAAAGGCAACCGACAUGGUCAUCCGUUUCCACCUUCUCGCCGCGGCACUCGUUGAAGGAUUGCUCGUCGGACUUUUACUUCAGAACUCCUAUCUUUCGGGUGCUCCAUUGGCCGAUGUUCUCUUGGCAAUUACUGCUGUUGCUUAUCCAUUCGCCGCCGACAAGGUCGGCCACAAUCGUCAGAUGCUAUUGGGCGCAUCGGUGGGCACUUCGGUUGGUGUGACGCUUUUGCUGGGACUUCUUUCGGGAUACUUCACCUUGCCCUAUUUGGUCCUCACACUUCUCUACGGAGCAAUCACCGCCGUCACCCUUCAAUACAUCUACAAGAAUGUCACCUCCACUUCGGCGCCCACAUACACUUAUCAAUUGGCACUCCUCGUCGCGUUCACUGCCGCCAAUCUUGGUGCCCAUCUGCAACCGGUACCAAAAUGCGCCACUUCCGAGCUCUGCCUUUCUACC